GAUAAAUUGCAGUUUACCCAAAGAACCCCACAAAUUGACAAGCUCCAUGCUCCAAGCCUGCUGCGGUUGCCCGAGUGCAUACCGAUACAAACUUCGAAGAGCAGUUCAGCAGUUCUCCACUUGACCGCUCUGCAGCCCCUAGCUGCACGCCUCAUGCGCCACCUAGCUGCGCACGUCUAAAGCCGGCCGGCCGUAUUCCCUGUGCAGUUCACCAGUUCUCCGCAUUCUCCAGCCUAGCUGCGCCGCCCGCCUCCCUUCAACCUGUAGCCGGAUUCAACUAGAAGACCCUCCAUACUUCGAUUCAGCUCGUUUCUUCCAUUUAACUGUUGCUUUGUCUCAGCUACCUUGAUAUCUAUUUGUUAUUUUUUGGCAAAUCGGAUAACUAAAUGGCACCGAGAUGGAAAGGGAAGGGCUCAGAAGCUAAAGCUCUUGCAGAUCCUAUGUCAAAGAUUAUUUCACAGCUUUGUGCUUCUCUAAUCCAAAUAGAUGCUCAGGGGUUACUCUCAGGAUGCAGUGUGCUUCUUGCAGUAGAAACAGAACAGAUUGAACUUCUCACCCGUGCUUGUUUUGGUCGACCUAUUAUUACAUCUGAGAAGGAUAAGCAAUGGUUUCAGCUGGGUUUGGAGGAAGCCUUCUAUCUGUGCUAUUCUCUAAAAUGCCUCAAGAUUGUUGGUGAAGAUAAUUGUCAUAAGAAUGCUGUUGAGUUGUGGCAGUACAUGAAAUCCGAAAAGGCAGCUUUCCCUGAUUUUUACAAGGCUUAUUCUCAUCUUCGAAUGAAAAAUUGGGUUGUGAGGCCAGGGUCCCAGUAUGGUGUAGACUUUGUUGCAUAUCGUCACCAUCCAUCUUUGGUGCAUUCUGAAUAUGCUGUGCUUGUUUUAUCAGAAGAAGACGGUGAUGUGAAUGGAAGAUUGAGAGUGUGGUCUGAUUUUCAUUGCACAAUUCGACUUUGUGGAAGCGUUGCAAAGACAUUGUUAGUUCUUAGCAUCAAUAAAAAUGGUCAUGGGGCAAUCUCUCCAUCAUGUUUAGAGAGAUACUCCAUUAAAGAGCACACAAUCACUAGAUGGAGUCCAGAACAAAGUCGUGAGGAUCGGAUAGCCAUUGAAAAAGAAACCAAAUGUCUCUUACGACUCUUCAUUUGCAUAUUCACCUGAAAAGGGGCAAUGCCAUGUUCUCAUAGAUCAGAGAAAGAUAUAACCUGAUACUGCUCUCACUCUACUGCAAUUUCUUAUCAAGCACAGUUUUGAAACUUGCACAUGAGAAGAUGGGAAGCUUGCUACCCAUCGAGUAUAAUGAAAGAUGAUUAAAUUAUUAUGUGCGCAUUGCAUGUCAUUAUAUGGGAGCAUCAGUGUCUUCUCUGUAGAAAUGAUUCACCUAAGUUCCUCUCCAUUUUGAAGAGGAAAAGAAAUGACACUAGGUAGCACCAAAUCUUAAAUAUGGUAGCUUAUAUUCUGAUACAAAACAAAUAUGGUAGCUUAUACGUUACCACAUUAACGCAUUGUAAUUGGAAAAUUCUCAAAAUAAUGUCAAUUUAAACUUUUUAAGUGUUCUCACUUUUU